AUGAAUUCAACAUCGCGAAAUUCGAAGGAGUUAUUGAGAUUGCAAAAGGAAUUAAAAGACAUUGAAAACGAAAAUGUGCAGGAGAUAGAUGCACAUAUAAAAGAUUCAAAUAUUUUCGAGUGGGUAGGUUUUAUAAAGGGACCGGCGGGAACACCAUAUGAAGACGGUCAUUUUAUUUUGGACAUAACUAUACCUAAUGAUUAUCCAUACAAUCCACCUAAAAUAAAAUUUAACACUAAAAUAUGGCAUCCGAAUAUUUCCAGUCAAACAGGUGCAAUAUGUUUGGACGUUUUAAAAAAUGAAUGGAGCCCUGCACUAACAAUUAGAACAGCACUUUUGUCAAUUCAAGCUCUGUUAUCAGAUCCACAACCUGAUGAUCCUCAAGAUGCGGAAGUAGCCAAAAUGUACAAAGAGAAUUAUUCGCUUUUUUUAAAAACAGCAAGUGUAUGGACUAAAACAUUUGCCACUGGCCCAAAAUUAGAACCAAGAGAAGUUAUAAUUAAAAAGAUAACAGAAAUGGGCUUUACGGAGGAUCAAGCAAAGAAUGCUUUGAUCAAGGCAGAUUGGAAUGAGACUCUUGCGUUAAAUACUUUGUUAGAGAAUUCCUAA